AUGUUGUCGUCGCUUAUACGGUCCUUGCCGCGCCUCAGGCGGUGGAAGCCACUCAACUUCUCCAAUCCAAACUUCGUCCGGAUACCUGAAAGUCACAAGAUUGAAGAAGAAACUAUCCCAGACUAUGUGGCCUCACGAUAUUACCCUACUCGGAUAGGAGAAGUACUUAAGGACCGGUAUCAAGUCGUGGGAAAAUUGGGGUUUGGAGCCAGCUCGACUGCGUGGCUUGCGCGGGAUAUGGACUGCCGUCGCUAUGUUACCCUCAAAAUCUUUAUCAAGUCCACAUCUAUGGGGCAGCAAUUAGACGACGAGCUUGACAUGUAUAAACGCAUGGAGAAAGGCUCAAAAAGCCACCCAGGUCACAAUGCUGUUAGAUCAUUGCUGGACUCUUUUUAUGUUACUGGGCCUGAAGACAUGCAUCGCUGCCUUGUGCACCCUCCGUUAUGGGAGAGUGUUUUGACGUUUUUACACCGCAACCCAAUAGGUAGACUGCCGGAACCAGUCCUGGCAUUCAUUCUCCAACGUGUGUUUUUGGCGCUGGAUUACCUGCAUACGGAAUGCCAGAUCAUACAUGCUGACAUCAAAGCCGACAAUAUCAUGCUCGGCAUUGCCGACGAUACCGUCUUCAGUGACUUUGAAGAAGAGGAGCUUCAAACCCCUUGUCCGAGAAAGGAGCUAGACGGACGAACAAUAUACAUAUCCCGGGAUCUCAGAAUGCCCAAGGCAUAUGGCGCCCCAGUCCUAUGCGACUUUGGCUCGGCGAUGCCUGGUGGUAUAGAGCAUCUGGAAGAUAUCCAACCUAAUAUCUAUCGAGCACCAGAGGUGAUCCUGGAAGUUCCAUGGACGUAUAGUGUUGAUAUAUGGAAUGUGGGAUGCAUGAUCUGGGACGUCUUCGAAGGCGAGUCUUUGCUCACCGGUCAAGACCCAGAAUUGCACACUUAUCGAAGUCGAGCACAUCUCGCUGAGAUGAUACGUCUUCUUGGGCCCCCGCCUCCUGGUCUUCUUGCGCGGGGGAGACUAAGUCAGAAAUUCUUUUCGGAACAAGGCGACUUCUCCGCGGGGAUUCCAUUACAGGACAGGGUUCCGCUGGAGGAGAGAGAAACGACUCUUGAAGGCGAGGAUAGAGAAAGGUUUCUCCGCCUUAUGCGGAGAAUGCUGCAGUGGGAGCCAGAGAAGCGUAGCUCUGCUCGAGAUUUGGCAGAGGACGAGUGGAUGCGCAGGCAUUUAGAAGUAUAA